AUGGCUACCCCGAUUAAAGAUCAACUUACCAACAAUACGAUCCGCACGUACUAUGCUCUCGACGAGGCCAUGGUAAAGGCGCAUCGGGAGGAUCGCGACGAAUACGCCGUUAGCACCGCGCGCAGUCUGCUCGGGAACGCUGAUCUACCAUUGCUGAUUCGUGCCCGUGCAUGCAUGGUCCUGGGCUGUUCUGAGCAGCCUGGCUUUCUCGAUAUGGCGAAAGAUGGCGUACGCAUCGCAGAGCUUGGCCUCUGUCGCUGCACCAGUCCCGGCGAAACGGAGCACCAGCUAGUCGAAGCGUGUCGUCAGGUGCUCGACGAGGCUCAGAAAGCUUGGGAUGAGAAGGAAAAGAGGGUUUGGGGAGACGGAGAGCUGGUUCGGGACGGGGAUGAGAAGGAAGCAGGAGAGAUUGAUGAGCAGACCGAGAAGUUGAAGAAGGAGGACCGUUGA